AUGAAGGCUUCAUUAUCUGUAGCUUUUAUGAUCUUCUCUCUUCUCCUUGCUUUUACCACGAAAACAUUGCUAGUACUGGGGGCUCAGGCUCAGCUUUAUCCGGUGAUUGACAUAGAUGGCGACAUGGUCGUCGCCGGUGCUGAAUAUUACCUCAUGGAGUGGACAGGAGGAGCAAAGUCCGUCAACGGUGGUCUUGAUCUCUCUGAUCGUGGAAGACACCAAACCUGUCCUUUGGAUGUCUUCCGUCAUACCACCCACACGUUUGGCCGUGCACUAACGUUUUCACCUGCAGUCGAAACCCAAGAAAAUGUCAUCUACCAAUCCUCUGAUCUCAACAUCAAAUUCACCGGUGCACCACCCAUCUGCAAUAACACCACAACAGCAGUGUGGAAGGUCGACAGCUACGAUGAAAAGUUUGGGAAAUGGUUUAUAACGACCAACGGAGUUGAAGGAAACCCGGGAGCCGAGACGUUGCUUAACUGGUUUCAAUUUGAGAAUCUAACUACUGAAGCUAAGCAUGCUUACAGAAUUGUUCAUUCUCCUGGUGGGGUUUGCGAGACAUGGCCACAUUUAAGCAGCAAUCUUGGUGUUUAUGAGACUGAUGAUGGAAUUUUGUGGCUGAUCUUCCACAUCAGAAAAGAUUUUCUUGGAUUGUUUCCGCUUUGA